UUGGUGCGGCAUAACAAGGUGUUCAGUAUCGAUAAGAAGGAAAACUCAGUUCAUGAGCCAGCAGCAACAGCAAAUGCUUUACCACCCCCUGAUCCGGAGGAAAAGAACCAACAGAAAGUUCAGCCAGCUCCCACUGCCAGUCCAGCUCCAGUCACCAUCACACCAUUAUCCAGGAAAGCUCAGGCAGUGGACGAGGCAAUUCCUGUGACUGAGACAAAAUGGCAAUAUUUUCGCAAAAAAUGGGUAUUGGAUACAAAAGACGAGUUUUAUUACUACUGGCUGGGCACUUUAUCGUGCGCAUUUGCCUAUAAUCUAAUUGUUGUCAUUGCGCGAUCCGUCUUUCAUGAACUCGCAUCCGGAUAUUAUUGGAUUGCAUGGGUAGUUGUGGAUUUCAUAAUGGAUAGUAUCUAUGUUUUUGAUAUGUUCGUCCGUUCUAGAACAGGAUUUUUGGAACAAGGACUGCUUGUGAGAGACAUUCCACGAAUCCGAAAGCUAUAUUUCAAAUCAAUGCAGUUCAAGCUGGAUAUUUUAAGUGUACUUCCAUUUGAUCUGAUUUUAUCGAUAGCACUUCUUCGGCCGAUGCCGUAUCUACGAUUCAAUCGAAUCAUUCGUUAUCCUCCAUCCGUUGAAUGUUUCAGUGGUGUUGAGGAUACGCUAGCAAGGCGUUAUAUCUACAGUUUCUACUGGUCCACAUUGAUUUUGACAACAAUUGGUGAAGUGCCUGGUCCUCAGCGAAAUAUUGAAUUUGUUUUUGUUAUUCUCGAUUUGAUGUGUGGUGUGCUCAUUUUCGCCACUAUUGUCGGUAAUCUUGAAACACGGGUAAUUAAGUGGUUCGAUUAUUUAUGGGCUAAUAAGCAAUCGCUAAGUGAUCAACGUGUACUAAAAGUACUUCCGGAUAAGCUGCAAACCGAAAUUGCUAUGCAAGUGCACUUCGAGACGCUCAGAAAAGUACGAAUCUUUCAGGUAUUCUCUCCUGGUGAUUACAUUUGCAGAAAGGGCGACAUUGGUCGAGAAAUGUAUAUUGUAAAGCAAGGCAAGCUGCAGGUUGUUGCGGACGAUGGCAGUAAAAACGGCAAUCGACGAACAGCAAACGUACGUUCAGUGGGUUAUACGGAUCUUUUUGUUUUGAACAAGAACGAUCUCUGGACUGCACUGAAGGAAUAUCCAGAUGCUCGAAAAUUGCUCAUUGCCAAGCUUUCUCAAAGCUGA